UUGAUUUCAAAACACUUUAAAAAUAGUUUAUUAGUUCGCGGUUUACGGGGUUAUCGUCGCCGUUGCAUGGAAAUCGGUCUUUUCAUUAAUUAAAAGUUAUCCGGGCAUAAGGAAUCAUUUAGUGGAACACUCCUUAUGUGUACAAUUAUUAUAAAAAAACCCAUUUGGAAGUAUAUAAAGUGUGGUGCGUGUGAGUGACGAAUAAGCGGAUUUAACUGUUUGCUGAGGAAAGAAUGAAGCAGGGAGAGCUCCGUCGCGCCUUAAUAGUCGUCACCGGACUCUGUUUCUUCUUGUUCGUCUAUUUGUACUGGCAGCAGUCCUCCAGGCCCUUACACGCCCUCAUUUUGACCUAUCGGCACGUCUAUAGCUCCACCAGGGAAUCCUUACCGCCCCAGUGGACGUGGCAAUGCGUGAAUCAGCGAUGCGAACGUCAUCAGAUAACCGGAGGAAACGUGAAAAUUACGUCGCAAAGUACGUGCGGAAUGUUGUGUGGUACGAUGCAACUGUGGCCGCUGCCCACUGGCCCCGUGACACUGGGUAGCAAAGCGCUCGUGUUCCACCAGAGCCAACUCCAAUUCGAGGCGGUGGCGUCAGGUGAGGCGAAGGAAAUGUUGGAGGAGGCCUUCGUAGCCUUCAACGACUCGAUACUUAGUUUAGUGCGUGACGACAAUUAUCUUAACGAAAAGACUGACAUUCUUAGGUUCGUGGUGCGGGUGUCGGUGACGCGUAACGACCCUACGACCCGUCUAAAGUUGAACACCGACGAGGGUUACACGUUAACGGUGAAGUUCAAAAACGGCGACGUGUUGGCUGAAGUUGGUGCGAGGAGCUACUUCGGUGCCAGGCACGGAUUGGAGACUCUGUCUCAACUUAUUUGGUGGGACGAAUACGAGGGUAGCGUGGGAUCACUAAAAGUUUUAAAAGGGGCAACUGUUCAGGACGCCCCAGCCUUUCCUUACCGUGGCCUUAUGGUAGAUACUGCCAGGAAUUUUAUGUCAAUUGAAAGUUUAAAGAGAGUUUUGGUAGGAAUGUCCGCUAGUAAACUGAACGUGUUCCAUUGGCACUUGAGUGACUCCCAAAGUUUCCCGAUGCUGCUGCCCAGUGUGCCUCAAUUAGCGAAAACCGGCUCGUAUAGUCCUCAAGAGGUUUACACCCCGGAUGAGGUUAAGGCUUUAGUGGAAUUCGCGAGGUAUCGCGGUAUAAGAACGAUUUUGGAGGUGGACGUUCCUGCGCAUGCCGGAAACGGAUGGACCUGGGGACCGCAAGAAGGUUUAGGAGAGUUGGCGGUUUGCGUCAACGAGAGGCCGUGGAGCCUCUACUGCGGAGAACCGCCCUGCGGACAGUUGAACCCGGAAAAUCCGAACGUGUACGACGUCCUGGAAAAGGUGUAUCGGGACUUAUUGGACUUAUCCGGCGAGAGGGAGAUUUUCCAUCUGGGCGGUGACGAGGUGAACCUGGAAUGUUGGGCUCAACAUUUCCAGAAAUCAAACGCGAACAAUAACCACUCGGACCUACACGAUCUGUGGGGCGAGUUUACUGGAAAAGCGUUGGCCAGACUGCAAAAAGCGAACGGGGGCUUCAAAAUCCCAAACGUCAUUAUCUGGUCCAGUAAACUCAGUAAGAGACCCUAUGUCACCAAGUAUCUGGAUAAGAAUCAAAUAACUGUUCAAAGUUGGGGUGCCAGCCAAUGGACCGAUACUCCAGAAUUAGUGGCUGACGGUUAUAAGGUCCUGGCGUCCCACGUGGAUGCCUGGUAUCUGGAUUGUGGAUUUGGCAGGUGGAGGGAAACCGGGGAGGCCGCUUGCGACCCUUACAGGCCUUGGCAGACCGUUUACAACCAUCAGCCUUGGCACCAAUUAAGACUAAGCAAAAAGAGCUUUUUGGGUGGCGAGGUUUGCCUAUGGACCGAACAAGUGAACGAAUGGAACCUGGACUCCCGAUUGUGGCCACGUGCCGCCGCAUUUGCAGAAAGGAUGUGGACAGACCCUUCGCAAGACACCACCACCUACUCGAUCCACGAGGACGUUUACACGAGACUGAGUGUCCAUAGGGAGAGGUUGAUUAGUAGAGGGUUGAAGCCGGAGGCCAUGUGGCCUACCUGGUGCUCCCAGAAUCCGGGCAUGUGCUUGUAGAUCUGAACUUGUUGUGAUAUCGUUAUUAUUUUUUUCUCGUGGGUUGAAGGGUGAUUAAUGGUGCGGUGGCAUUUUUUUCUUUAUAAAGUACGCCCAUGGUGACUCCGCCUUCACUUUAUUCUGAUUGGCUUCAAUAGGAGAGUUACAGUUUGGAUGGGCGUAUUCAAGGCAUUCAGUAGCGUACAUUUGACACUAUUGAUUUUACUUUAGAAUCAAUUGUACUAAUUUUGCAGUUUAAACAUGAUAUGUGACUACAUAAAAAUAUUUAUAAAAUAGAAAUAAACACUACUUUCUGUUUAAAUUAAAUCUGUAGAGCUUACACGAAUCAACAUAUUGCAGCUGCAAAGCAAAAUGUCCCCUUAAAACUGAUUAUGACCCAAAAAUGGCUCGUAACUUCUUUACUAAUUGACCUACAGUUAUGAUCAUCAUAAACAAACCUGAAGACUAACUCAUCAUCUGUAAGAGCCUUUUAAAAUUUUUCUAAAAUGUUCAACUGUUUAAAAGAUAUGAUCAUUUGAACUUUUCUUCACGUCAGUAGCACCUUCGAGCGUGAACCUCCAAGUUUUUGGUUGAUAACUUUUGAUCUACUGAAGGUAGAAUCAUAAAGUGAACUUUAUUCGAUUAGCAGAGAGUUGCUCAACAAUGUUGGUUAUCUUCCUUAAAGUUGUAGACACAAUACGACCGGAGAUAUUGCAGAUGCAAAUCAAAAGAUCCACUUCAAAGAGGUCAUAACCUAAAAAUGGAUCAUAUCUUUUUUACUAAUUGACCUACAGUCAUGAUUGUUAUAAACAAACUUAAAGACUUACUGAUCAUCUUUAAGAACCUUUUUAAAUUUUUCCAAAAUGUUCAACCGUUUAAGAGAUAUGAUCAUUUGAUUUUUACUUCACGUCAGUAGCAACUCUGACCGUCAACCUCCGCAUUUUUGGUUGAUAACUUUUGAUCUACUUAAGGUAGAGUUAUGAAACAAACUUUAUUCGAUUAGCCGUGAGUUGCUCAACAAUGUUGGUUAUCUUCCUUAAAGUUGUAGACACAAUACGACCGGAGAUAUUGCAGAUGCAAAUCAAAAGAUCCCCUUCAAAGAGGUCAUAACCCAAAAAUGGCUCAUAUCUUUUUUACUUAUUUACCUACAGUCAUGAUUGUUAUAAACAAACUUAAAGACUUACUGAUCAUCUUUAAGAACCUUUUUAAAUUUUUCCAAAAUGUUCAACUGUUGAAGAGAUUUAAUCAUUUCAAUUUUGCAUCACGUCAGUAGCACCUUUGAGCGUCAACCUCCAGCAUUUUAGUUAAUAACUUUUGAUCUACUGAAGAUAGAGUUAUGAAAUAAACUUUAUUCGAUUAGCAGUGAGUUGCUCAACAAUGUUGGUUAUCUUCCUUAAAGUUGUAGACUCAAUACGACCGGAGAUAUUGCAGAUGCAAAUCAAAAGAUCCCUUUUAAAGAGGUCAUAACCCAAAAAUGGCUCAUAUCUUCUUUACUAAUUCACCUACAGUGAUGAUCAUCAUAAAUAAACUUGAACACUAACUGAUCAUUUUUAAAAAAUUUUUAAAAUUUUUCCAAAAUGUUUAACUGUUGAAGAGAUAUAAUCAUUUCAAUUUUGCUUCACGUCAGUAGCACCUUUGAGCGUCAACCUCCAGGGUUUUGGUUGAUAACUUUUGAUCUAGUGAAGGUAGAAUCAUGAAAUAAACUUUAUUCGAUAAGUAAUGAUUUAUUUAACAAUGUUGAUUAUAUUCAUUAAGUUUGUAACACCCAUACAAACGGAGAUAUUGUAGCUGCAAAAUCCUGUAAGAUUGGCUUAUAUUUUUUUUUAAUGUUUUGAUCAUUCUUUUACGCGUUCUGUAUCCUCUAUUUGUUCAAUUAAUUCCUCUGCUGUCAAUGUUGAUGUAGUGGAUGUGAAAGAUGGACAUAUAUUUGAUGUCUCUUUCUAUCUUCUAUAAAAUGGUUAAGAGGAAGAUAAUUUAGAAGAAGAAAAAACAAUAAUGAGAACUUAUGACCUUUUUCUUUUUACUGUCAUAAAAAUAAUAUUGUAAUAUUUAAACUUUACAUUAAAAAAAAUUAUUGAUUGCUUCAUUCCCAUAAGUCAUCCAGGGGCGUACAAUAACAUUUUGCCACUGACUGUUAACUACUUUUUCAUAUAAAUUUAUACAGAGGAGUCUCAUUUUUACAAAAACUUGUAUAUGCUUAAUUCUAAAAGAAAAAACAAUGUGAUUACAAUACAAAAAAAAAUUAUAUAUAUGUACUGAAUAUUUGGGGUUGUAUAGACAUGAAUUUACAAAUAAAUUUUACAUGAGAUUAUUAUAUAAUUGCACUUUUGUAUAUUUAUGCACCGGGGAGUUUAGUUUUGUAUAUAUUUAUUAUGUAUAUGUCCCGAUGAAUUUAACUGACCAAUAAGAUAGAUACACUUUGUUAAGUUUAUGUAGCUUAUUAGUGAUAUACGUAUAAAUAAUUUAUAUACUAAA